UAAUAAACAUAUUGACUGUUAGUUAAUAUGUAAAUUAACUAAUUAUUUUUUUUAAUAGACUUUCUUUUAUUCCUGAAAUAUUGUCACACAGCUCAAUAUGUCUUUCAAUUUACCCACCUCCAAACUACAUAACGAAUCAAAAUAUCUUUGAUGAAAUAACGAGGUGUAAUUUCAAAUGACUUCAACACAUACUUCAAGUCGUCCAACUGGAGAUAUAAUAAUGAAAUUGUUGACAGCAUGUCGUCGUGGAGAUUUAGAUUAUUUGGGUAAAUUCCUAGUGGACGGUGGGAAUCUACGCAAUAUUAUUGAUAUACAAACAGGACAAACACCACUGCAUUACUGCGUCAAAUGUAUUGAAGAGAAAGAUGACAAUACCAAAGAAAAUCAGAAUAGUAAUGAUGAUGAUAAUGAUCAUAAUAUAUUUAAACAGUAUGAUCGGCUGAAGUGUACUCGAGUGAUUAUAAAAUCAAAUCCAGAAUUUCUAACUUCUUUCGAUCAUAAAGGUUUUACGCCGAUGCAUUUAGCAGUGGUACAUGGAGAUAUUGAAUUUCUAAAGGUAUUAAAUGAAUUUGGCAGUAUUGAUAUGAAAAUCAAAACAAAGGCGAAAUCCUUACUUUCAUCGUCAACAGCGACAUCAUCAGAAUCCAAUGAGUCGAAUGAAAUGAAUCAUAAUAAUAAUAAUAAUAAUAAUUCAGGUCGGACAGUUUUACACUUAUGCGUCAUAUACACCCAAAUAGAAGUUCUAAAUUAUUUUCUCACGAACUUAAAUACAAACUCUGUUAAACAAGUGAUUGAUGAAAGUGAUGAUCAAGGUGCGACAGCCCUACACUAUUCUGUUCAAGUGAACCCUGAACAAAUUGAUGAAUUAUUUGAAUUAUUGGUGAAUAUUGGUGGCGCGAAUCUAAAUUCAUGUGAUACACAUGGACGUACCCCAUUGAUAUGGGCAGCUACAGUUGGAGCUAAACACGCUGUGGAAUCAUUGCUUGCCUUGGGAGCUAAUUUGAAUCAUAAAGAUACACAUGGUCUAACUGCACUACACUGUGCUGCUUCUAGAGGUCAUUUGUUAACUGUGCAAGCAAUUCUAAAUUUUAUAUGUCUAGCGAAUAAAGACGAUGACAGUAAGGUGGCGGCGUUCCGUGAUGUCUGUGAUAAUGAUGGUUGUAGUCCAUUAUUUUAUUCGGUUGCAACAGGUCAUUCUAAAGUGACUGAAUGUCUGCUUAAGGCUGGAACAGAUGUGAUGCAUUCAGACUACAAAGGUCGUACUGUAUGUCAUUGUUUAGCUCGGUUGAACUCGUUAACCAAUGGGGUGAAAUGUGAAAAGUUAAUUACCACUCAGUUGGAGGAUUUAAUCAGGGCUGGUUUGGAUCCAUGGAAAGCAAAUAACAGUGAAGCAACUGCUCUUCAUGAAGCCUGUUUACUGCGGAAUUUUUACCUCAUUAAACAUUUAGCUAAUUUACCCGGCUUCAAUACCGUGAUUAAUGCCAGAGAAUCACAAGGGCACUCCCCACUGCAUUUAGUUGUAGCCGCAUCAUGGAGUGUUGAACAGUCGGGGAUAAGAUUGUGUCAAUUUCUUCUAGAUCAUCACGCCGACGUGAAUGCGGUUACAUAUCUGCCAAAUGGUGAACGUGUUACCCCAUUGAAUUUAGCCUAUUUAAAUGAAACAAGCGAUGAGAAGUCGAAGACUGCACUGAUUGAUCUGCUGAAACGGUAUGGGGCUAAAACAUAUCAAGAAUUAAUGUUAAGUGACGGAAAGAAUAAUACUGAUUGUAGUCAAAAUGUUCACAAUAAUAAUGAUAAUUAUAUUAGCAAUCACAGUGAAUACAAUGAUAAUACCAAUAAUAAUAUUAAUGAUAGUGUCGACAACUUAUCCGUGUCUGGUUACGUUUCGUCUCCAGAAAAAGAAUUAAAACUGACCAGUGAGAAGCAAAUCUUGUGUUUAACCAAAAAAGAUGUUCAGACCGGCGAGAAAGAACUACCAGUAAUAAUUAUGACUGAUUCAGCGACGGAACCAAUCGAGUCGCUUAAUUUGUGCUCAACGCUGAAAAAAGAUUCCGCUGUACAAGCCUGUUUGGAUAACAGGAGAAGAAGAGGAAGAGGAGGGAGAAGGCAGACACAGAGGAUUUCUAUUUCAUCUUCAAACUCUCAGUCAACAGAUAAACUAAUAAAGCAGGAUAAUAGCAUUACUACAGUGUCGAAUUACUACACCGAAACACAUAAACACCCUCAUAAGUCAGGUUCUGAAAGCUCUUUAUCUGUUAGUGCAACUGAAACCGAGGACGGUAGAAAUAAUAUUUCGAGUCGUUACGAUGAUAUUCAUCGUAGCGCAAAUGCUUCACGACAAUUAAUUGUACGUAUGCCAAGUCCUCCAUCUAACUCCACAGUGAAGAAUGACGAGUUCAGUUGUCUAGUUGAACCCAUCAAAAAUAACGGCAAGACAAGUGAUGAUAAGACCACUAAGAAUAAACGUCUAAAUCAUAAACUUUCUAGUUCUAAAAUCUCUACGAAAGUUGAUGGCGAUGACAAAGUUGUACAACCAUAUUCACAAAUCUAUUUACAAAGGCAAUUACCUAUAGCUGUGAAAAAAUACUUAGAGAAAGAGAACUAUAAUUACUCCUCGUUGAUAAGACGUUCUCGAAUGCCCAAACCAACCAUAUCGCCAUAUCUUCAGCCAGUUGUACCUGGCCUGCUACUUUUACGUAAUCAAAGACAAUCGACAAACACUGGUAGAAAGAGCAUUCAACAUCGACAUCGGAGUGAUGAUGACAUACAAAGAAAGUAUAAUAUUCAUCAGUCGGCUAAUGUUACAACAAACAAUAAUAACAAUAAUCCUAGUUACCCUGGUCAUAACCAUCAAAUUAGAUCAAAUUCUGCCUGCCAUAUGAAACCGAACAACAACAAUAAGCAAGUCACAUCAACAUCACCCUGUUCAAUAAUAGAUCCCACCAAUCGUGGAAGAUAUUAUACGGGGAAUAAGACUGCCAAACCUGCGCAAAGACGUUCACAAUCAUCAAAACACUUGCCUUCAUCUAGUCAUAAUAUUGAUGCUCAUGUCCAGCAAAGUGUUGCAGACUAUGAAUUCUAUCGAUACGUGAACCAGUUAUUAAAAGAAAUUAGUCCAAGAACACGAAGAAAAACAAAGUUAACCAGACCAACAACAACUUCACCUUCAAUCCUUCCAAAAUCAUCAUCGUAUGUAUCAAAAAGCAAGUUAUCCGUUAAUGAUUACGCUGAUGAUGAACAACACUCAGCUAUGGGAGGUGAACUGACACCUGUCGGUGAUCGGAACAAGGCGUCAGAUGAUGUAGAGAGAAGAAGAGUGGAAAUUACUAAUCAAAACAAAGUGUUGCUUACAGGUGGUAAAAGGUUAAAUGGAGCGAGUGCAUACACAAACACUAAAAGAUAAAGGAACUAAUAACUCUUUGGCUAUUUUGAUAAAAAUACAAAACAAAACAUUAAAUUUUAUUUUCUGACAAACAUAAAUCACAAUCACAAUGCCUGUCAACAGCAUUAUUUAACUGUGUCAGGUGACAUAAUGACUAGAGUUAUAAUUUCGCAUAAAUCAUGUCUAUAUAAAUACAACUACAUAUAUGUAUUGUAACAG